AUGGAUGAAAUCCAUAAAGAGUUCAAGAAAAUCGGAUUCAAUGGAGCAUACACCCUGGGCCUCAUGAACCCUUGGCAUGUUCUAAUCCGUUUUGAGCAGGAGGAUGAUUAUCAGAGAUGUUGGAUGAGAACCUUUUGGAACAUCAGAGGGUUUUCGAUGAGAAUAUUGAAGUGGACGUCGGGUUUUAGGUUUGAGGAAGAUCCCCCGGUAGUCCCAAUUUGGGUCUCCCUCUUCGACUUGCUAAUUGAAUAUAUGCAUCCGGAGGUGAUAUCAGCUCUGGGUCAACCAUUGAAGGUGGACACUCCAACAUUGAAUAUGACGAGACCAUCGGUGGCUCGGUUUUGUGUUGAAGUUGAUCUCACAAAGGAACUUGUUAAAUCGGUCAAGAUAGGGAAGAAGGGCCGAAAACAUGAACAGUUUUUUACUUUUGAGCACGUCCCUUUCUACUGUCAAAAAUGUUGCAAGAUAGGACAUAAGGAAUUUGUUUGUCGAAUGGGGAAACCGUCACAGAAAAAUCCGGAAGAUGUCGCAGCUAAGGAAGAUGGAACUAGGGCUAAGCAGAAAGGAAUAAAAAUUCCCCUUUCGACGGGAAUCCUAGCUCCGCAACUACCUGCGGAAACCCUAGCUCCGCAAUCGCCAGCGGAAACCCUAAUGCUGUGUGAACCUUCUACGUCGUCUGGUCUUUCAGUCCACGAUAAAGCUCUCAUCCUGGUUGAUUUACAGGAAAGUCCCGUGCCAAAUGUCACAAAAAUCGUGACAGAAAAAAUGACAACAACUCCUACUGGAUCGCCAAAAUUGAUUACUGUGGUGCAGCCGUCAAAUCCUUUCAGUGUAUUACGGAAUUUAGGCGAUGAUGCUGCACUGAUAGAGGAUUCAGAGGAAGAUGAGGUUGUAUUCGCAGAGGAGACAACAGCCCCUAACCAGCAACAAUUACAAGAUGAAUUGUAG